AUGCUAAAUGAAUCAGAAAACUACAACUAUAUAUUCCCAAAACCUAAAAGUAGUUAUUUUGUUGGUACGAACAGCGAAAAUUUACAAAUACCAGGAACAGAAGUUAGAGCAUCAAUAGUGAUAGAUGGUUUAACAGUUUUAGAUUUUAAAGAUAAGGAAUGGAGAAAAGCAGAUAAAGAUCUAUCAAAGAAUUUUUAUAAAAUGUUAUUAGAAAAAAUCCCAAUGACCUAUAAGAAAAGUGAAAUAUCAUUAGAUUUUCAUGAAAUAAUAACAAAAAAGACAGUAUCAAUUUACAAAACACCAACACUAUCAAGAUUUGAAUACGAAGCUACCUAUAACAAUACAGUUCCUUUUGGUUAUAAUGAAAACUAUGAAAUCUAUGCAAGCUUCGAUGACAUCAAGAUAUUUUGUAGCUCAGUAUUUGGUUUAAUGCAUGCAUUAAAAAGUUUAUUUCAGGCAGGUUAUGUUGUUGUUUAUUAUGAUCAAUCAGGAAGCCACACACCUGAUGGAAAACCAGGGGAAUAUAAGAAACUUCAUUUAAAGAAUUUGCCUUUCAACAUAAAUGAUAGACCAAGAUUAAACUUUAGAUCACUUUUAAUAGACAGUGGCAGAUACUAUUUAGAACCAGAGUAUAUUAAAUCAAUUAUAUUUACAAUGUCCCUCUUAAAAAUGAAUGCUUUACACUGGCACAUUACAGAUGAUCAAUCCUUCCCAAUCGAAAUUAAAGAAUAUCCAAGACUACAAGAAAAAGGCGCUAAUCAUCUAGGAUAUAUACACAAUAAUAUCAAAUAUAAAAAGAAUAAAAAUAACUAUUAUAAAGAAUCAGAUGUAAAAGAUAUAGUUCAAUUUGCUAAAUCAGUUGGUAUUAGAGUGAUUCCAGAAAUAGAUAUUCCAGCUCAUACAUUAUCAUGGGGGAAAGGAUAUAACAACUUAACAACGCAAUGCCCUAAAUUUUUAGAAAAAAAGUACAAUGAAAUCAAUGGAAAAUAUACAUACUCAUUACCAUUAGAUGUUUCAAAUGAAUUUGUAUAUACAGUUAUUGGGGCAAUAUUCGACGAAUUGAACGAUCUAUUCCCCGAUCCAUAUAUUCAUAUUGGUGGUGACGAAGUUCAAAAAGAGUGCUGGGAUGAAGAUAUGGAACAAAAGAAAAGAAUGGUUCAAGAUCAUAAUAUUUUAGACACAUCUCAAUAUUUAAUUUUCUUUUUCAAUCGUUUAAAACCAAUUAUCGAAUCAAAGUUACCAAAAAAAAGAAUUAUAUUCUGGGAGGAUGUAAUGGAUAAUAUAGGUGAUGACGAAAUUAACUCCCUCAAAACUAUUAAUAAUAAAGAUAAAAUAAGUAAAAGUUUUCAAAAUAUUUUAAAUCACAAUAAUAUCUUUCAAGUUUGGAGAGGACCAAAUCAAUUCAAUACUUUGAAAACAACCAAAACCCCAUUCAUCUAUAGUUUUGGCAACUACCUUGACCCAUCUUAUCAAUCAUGCAAUAAAUUUACAAAUUGUUUAUUUGAUCAAGAGAAUGAAAUUAGCACAUAUCAAAAAUCAAAAUUAUUAAUAGGUAUGGAGGCCUGUGCUUGGGAGAUGGUUCCAAAUGGUGAUGUUUAUUCAGUCGAAAAAGAUGGAUCAAAACAAGAGCGUUCAUUUAAUCAACGUCUAUGGCCUCGACUUUUAGCAAUCUCUGAAAAAAUGUGGUCUGAAGGUAAACCAUAUUUAGAUUUAAUUUCAGAAAAAGAAAAAGAAAUAAUUGUACAAAACACAAUAAAAAGAGGUAAGAAAAUGUUAAAACUAUUAGAUAAAACAAUUAAGAAUCACAAUUUAGUUGAUUCUGAUAAAAUAAUAGGUGACUUAUAUUAA